AUGGAGGAAGAAGAAAAAAAUAAUAAUGAAGUAGCAUCACCUACAGAACAAAAUACAGAAUCAACAACAGAGCAGCAACCUCAAUUACCAGUUAAAAUUACAUCCGAAAGUAAAAUUAUAGUAUAUUUUAAGAAUGCAGGUGGUGCACAACCAUUAAAACAAAAGAAAUUUAAAAUACAGGCAAAUGUUUCAUUUCAAAAUGUUAUAGAUAAAUUAAGAGGGCAAUUAAAAUUAAAAUCAAAUGAAUCAUUAUUUUUAUUUAUAAAUCAAGUUUUUCAACCAAGCCCAGAUGAAAUUUUAGGUGAAUUAUAUAAAUGUUUUAGUCAUAAUGAUCAAUUAAUUAUCAAUUAUUCCCUUCAAAUGGCGUGGGGUUAA